AUGGACACUGACAAAGAGGUCACACGCCGGCUUCUAGAUGGUCACGAGGGUUCAUCAUAUACUGAUCUGCCAGGCAUAAAGAUCAGCAAAGACGGCUCUCUUGCUGGAGUCGAAGCACUCCAUGAGCCGGAAGCAGAAUCCGAGACCGGAACGUCACCGAAUCCCUUCGCGGACCCAGAAGUAGCAGAGCGCUAUGCAGCCCUCUACGAGAAAGCAAAUUAUGAAUGUCGUCAUGUAUUUGACCCUACGAUGACCUGGACGAGGGAGGAAGAGAGGAGGCUCGUUAGGAAGAUUGAUGCCAAAGUCUGCUUAUGGGCCUGCGUCAUGUUCUUCGGUCUGCAGGUCGACCGCAGCAAUCUCAUUCAAGCGGUGUCAGACAACAUGCUCGAAGAACUGGGAUUGUCUACUAAUGACUACAACUCUGGCAACAUAGUCUUCUAUCUCUCCUUUCUCCUCGCUGAACUGCCGAGCCAGCUGCUCUCCAAAGCGCUGGGGCCAGAUCGUUGGAUUCCGAUUCAGAUGUCUCUGUGGUCGCUCGUCGCGCUCUCGCAGUCCUGUCUGUCCGGCCGAGGCUCGUUCUUCCUGACCCGUUCGAUACUGGGCUUGCUGGAGGGCGGCUUUAUCCCAGAUAUCGUGCUGUGGCUGUCGUAUUUUUAUACCAGCAGGGAAUUGCCAACACGUCUCAGUCUCUUCUGGACAACUCUCUCCGUAACAGAGAUUAUUGGGUCUUUCCUAGCAUUUGGUGUGCUGCAUAUGCGCGGCGUGCUUGGUUGGUCGGGCUGGAGGUGGCUGUUUCUUAUUGAGGGUCUUAUAACCCUGCUUGUAGGAGUAGCCUCGUUCUUCAAAAUGCCUGCGUCGGCGGUCGAGACGAAGACAUGGUUCCGACCCAAGGGUUGGUUCUCGGACCGCGAGGCCAGGAUCGUUGUAAAUCGGGUGUUAAGGGACGAUCCGUCAAAGGGCGAUAUGCAUAACAGACAAGCAAUAACCCUCUCGGCGCUCUGGGACUCGCUGCGCGACUACGAUCUCUGGCCAAUAUAUCUCCUGGGUCUUAUCGUUUACACACCCAUGGUUCCAAUUCGGACCUAUAUAACCCUCACGCUAAAGAGUGUAGGGUUUGACACUUUCAGCACAAACCUCCUCAUUAUCCCUUACAAUAUCACACAUAUCCUCCUCCUAAACCUCCUAACGCAUCUCUCUGAACGGCUCAAUGAGCGCGCCCUAGUCUCAAGCCUCCAAUCCCUUUGGGUCCUCCCCUGCCUGCUCAUCCUGCUCUUCUGGUCAAAUGCAAUGAUCGACCCAUGGGGCACGUAUGCGGCCAUGACAAUCCUGCUCUCAUACCCAUACUGCCAUGCGAUCCUGGUCGGCUGGACGAGCAAGAACUCGAAUAAUGUGGGGACGAGGACGGUGUCGGCGGCUGUUUAUAACAUGUGCGUCCAGAUGGGCAGCAUUAUUGGAAAUAAUAUCUUCCGCGAAAACGAUGCGCCGCUGUAUAAACGCGGGUAUUCUGUGCUCCUGGGGUUGAACCUACUGGGGAUUAUCCUCUUCAUCGCGACAAAACUCUACUAUCUCAGACGAAACAAAGAGAGGGACACUAUCUGGAAAGGCAUGAGCGAGGAGGAACGAGAAGACUAUAUCAGGAACAGCCCCGAGACAGGGAGCAAGAGGCUUGACUUUCGGUUCGCUCAUUGAAUAUCCCAAUAAACGGGUACUUUUAUAUACACAUACACACGAAUACGGAACAGGGACGAAUCACAAUCCAAACGGGUACGUCUCCUCAUCCCCCAAUGCUGUCUUCGGCUGAACAACCUCCAGCGGCCUCACAGCGCUCGUCGUAUCAAACCAGACAUACCCAUCGAAUUGAUUGACCAGAUCUGCCGCAGAAUAAUGAGAGAUCCGUUCUGUGUCCGGCCGAUAGAUCAC